AGGAAGCGUUCAGUAGAGGGAGACAGAGCUUGUGGCAGGGGGAAGUAGUGCUGAACUCAUUCAAACUUCUGUCACAUCCACGGGGGGCAUAAACAAUCCAACUUAGCCAAGCCAGCUUCCCUUCCAGCCAGAAACAUGAUAUAAUACAGAAGAAUUUCUCAGAAGGGUCCCAAACUGCAAAAAACCCAUCCCCAUCAAUAAUAGCCCCUUAAAGAACCUUCCCCUUUUGGAACUGAAGGCCACGACCCGUCAUACAAAGAGGAUAUGGGGCUGUGGGCAGCCAGCUAGCAGACUCAGGGACACUCCGCUGCUGUUUCCCCCACACCCUGCUUAGCCCCCUUGUGUUUCCCGUGCUGGGCGAAUGGAACUGCCCAUGUAGCAGCUCCUCGCCUGUACCAGCAGCGGCAGCACUAUGCCCAUUUUACUUUUUCUGCUAGAUACGUCCGCUUCAAUGAACCAGCGCACCCACCUGGGCACUACCUACCUGGACAUAGCUAAAGGCGCAGUAGAGACUUUCAUGAAGCUCAGAUCCCGAGAUCCUGCUAGCAGAGGAGACAGGUACAUGCUGGUCACCCUGGAAGAGCCUCCUUAUGGGAUCAAGGCUGGAUGGAAAGAAAAUCAUGCAACCUUUAUGAAUGAACUGAAAAACCUUCAGGCUGUAGGACUCACCACUCUCGGUCAAUCCCUAAGGACAGCGUUUGACUUGUUAAAUUUAAAUAGAUUAGUAACUGGCAUAGACAAUUAUGGGCAGGGGCGAAAUCCCUUCUUCUUGGAGCCAUCAAUUAUCAUUGCUAUAACUGAUGGAAGCAAGUUAACCACGGCCAAUGGAGCACAGGAUGAACUCCACUUGCCUUUGAUUUCUCCGUUACCUGGCAGUGAACUGACAAAAGAGCCAUUUCGCUGGGAUCAGAGACUUUUUGCUCUGGUGCUUCGUCUGCCUGGAGCAUCAUCGGUAGAGCAAGAGCAGCCAACCGCCGUUCAGUUUGAUGAGUCCCCUAUUACUGCCAUGUGUGAUGUGACUGGAGGGCGAUCAUAUAGUGUUACUUCACAACGCAUUCUUAACCAGUGUCUAGAGUCGUUGGUGCAAAAGAUUCAAAGUGGAGUAGUGAUUAACUUUGAAAAGUCUGGACCAGAUCCUCCAAUUCUAGAGGAUGGACCUACAGACCCAGUCAGAUCAGUUGGAUCCCAACCCUGGCACAGCUGUCGCAAACUCAUAUAUGUUAGGCCCAAUCCAAAAGCAGGCGUCCCUCUAGGUCACUGGCCUAUUCCAGAAUCCUUUUGGCCAGAUCAGAAUUCUCCAACAUUACCGCCACGCACUUCCCAUCCAGUCGUGAAGUUCUCAUGUACAGACUCAGAGCCAAUGGUUAUUGACAAGCUACCAUUUGACAAAUAUGAAUUGGAACCUUCGCCACUGACACAGUUUAUUCUAGAGAGGAAAUCUCCACACACCUGCUGGACGGUGUUUGUGGCAAACAGCGCAAAGUAUAGUGAACUUGGACAUCCCUUUGGCUACUUGAAAGCCAGCACCGCACUCAGCUGCGUCAACCUGUUCGUAUUGCCUUACAAUUAUCCUGUUCUCCUCCCACUGCUAGAUGACUUGUUUAAAAUACACAAAAAUAAACCACCUUUAAAAUGGAGACAGCUGUUUGAAAAUUAUUUGAAAACAAUGCCACCUUAUUAUAUUGGGCCCCUAAAGAAAGCUCUAAGGAUGAUGGGAGCUCCAAACCUCAUGCCAGACAGUAUGGAAUAUGGACUGAGUUACAGUGUUGUCUCCUACCUCAAAAAGCUAAGUCAGCAGGCAAAAAUUGAAUCUGACAGAGUGAUAGGCUUGAUAGGAAAGAAAUUCCCGCAGGAAACGGGCAUUAAAGUGCGGAGUGGUUCAAAUGCCUUGUCACUGGCCCUGAGAAAAGAUUUCAAGCAGCUGCUUCAGGAAAUAACCGGGGAAGUGCCACAGCGGCCUAUGGAUCUCAAUAUGAAGGAGUUUGCUGGCUUCCAGAUAGCCCUUUUGAAUAAAGACAUAAAGCCACAGACUUUCAGAAAUGCCUAUGACAUCCCGCGAACAAAUCUUCUGGAUCAUCUAACAAGAAUGAGGGCAAAUCUUCUUAAGUCAACUCGCCAGUUUCUUAAAGGGCAAGAUGAAGAUCAGGCACACAGCAUUCCUAUCGUCCAGAUGGGAAAUUACCAAGAAUACCUAAAGCACAUUCCAUCACCCUUAAGAGAGAUUGAUUCUGACCAACCCCGGAGACUUCACACUUUUGGAAAUCCAUUUAAAUUAGACAAAAAGGGGAUGAUGAUUGAUGAAGCUGAUGAGUUUGUGUCAGGGAACCAGAAUAAACAGAAACGCACAGGAGAACCAAACAUGCAAGGAGUCCCAAAGAGGAGGCGGUGUAUGUCGCCAUUGUUGCGCUCCAGACCACAGUCUCCAUCAGUGAUAAACAACCACAUAGGAGGGAAAGAUCAGGUGCCACCUGAUCUGCCAAAACCUGUAGCUGUACAUAAAAAUUCUGAUCCGAGCAACAAUGUUGCAAUGAAUGAAGCUACAGAAAAUCAUGUUGCGGACCAUCUUCGUGAUGACUUAGUGACUACUAAAUCAGAGCCAUUUGAAACACUGUCCGAUGCUGCCGUAGAAGCAACUGAAGCUUAUGCAGCAGCGAGGGACUGUAACUUUACGCCAAACGACACUAGCGAUGUGUUUCUUGAAAAAACAAAAGACUCUGGUGAUACUCCAAGCUGCUUACAAAACAACACUGCUGCAUUUGCACACAGAAAAAGGAGGUUGCAACAAUGCAGGAGCUAUGAAGAGGCCAACAUAGAGCUCAAAGCACAAAUACUAAGAGAAAUUCGCAAGCCAGGCAGAAAAUAUGGAAUCAUUUUCACUUUGCUCAAAGAUGUUCAAGGUGACCUACAGACGCGCCUUCUUUUUCUGCAGAAUGUCAUCAAAGAGGCAGCCAGGUUUAAAAAAAGGAUGUUAAUAGAGCAAUUGGAAGGAUUCUUGGAAGAAAUUCACCGAAGGGCCAAUCAAGUUAACCACUUAAGCAGCUGUUAAGUUAUUCUGUAUGCCACUCUGCUGGGAGCUACAAUAUGGGACACUUUCCUCAUGCAGCCAUAUAAUUGGAGAAUCCAUUGGAUCCAUGGAGUGAUUGUAUAUCUAACUGCGUAUAAUAUAUGGGAUUUUUUUUUUUUGGUUUGUUUUUUUUUUAUACAUGCAAUGAAAUAAUGAGGCUUUUAAGAAUAUCUGGAUGGUCUUUGGUCAACUCCGUUGAUAUUCUCAGGUUCUACAAUGUACCAUCUUCAGCUACCAUUCACAUUAAUCACUGACUCUAAAGAAUGUUUGCCAAAACCUUAAGGGCUCACUGAAAGAUUGCUUCUGAGACAAAGCAUUUUAUAGGACUGGACGCCUGCAGUCGCAUUUGCUCUGUGGCCAUGGACAGCCUGGACAGACCUUUACAUGUAGUCCUACAUUUCUAAUUAACUAUAAGGAAGCACAUAUGUUUAACAAGGUAAUAUUUUGUACAUAGUUAUUUUGAAUAUACUAUUGUAAGUUGUACAGGCGUAUUUUGAAAGCUAUUUAAACAGAGGCACUUUUGUUAUUCCAUCAAUAAAAAAAGCUCUAUUUUAUUGUUUGUCAAACCA